AUGGCUGUCCAAAAUUUUACACGUCUAGUACGCUUUAUACCCAAGGCAGCGCCCUCGAAGAUCCUCAUCGGUGAGCCAGUGAGUCCCACGGUCGAUGUUGGCGGAGCGCUGUUCAAGAAAGACGACGUCUAUGCCCAUGUUUGGUCAGGCAACUCGGUCCUUGCUCCUGGCGUUAAGACUGAGCACAAAGAACUGGUCGACCGUGUGCUAUCCCCCUUGGCUCGCGACGAGGUCGGCACUAUUCGCUGCAUUGGUUUGAAUGUUAGUCUGACCAGAGCUGACUUGAUUAUUCCCACCAUCCGCGAGCGCGCGACAAAACCUUCAGAUUCGUUAGCCGACCCGUGGCCUGCUCCGACUGUUCUACCCCGCGUAACACAGGCCGACGACACAGGCGACUACGAGUCCGAGCUCGCCAUUGUCAUUGGCAAGACGUGCAAGAACGUUCCCAAGGAAGAAGCGAUGGACUACGUGCUCGGGUAUACAGCGGCCAACGACGUCUCGAGCAGGGGCUGUCAGUUUGCGCAGUCGCAGUGGUGCUACUCAAAGGGCUUUGACGGGUCCUGCCCGAUUGGCCCGGCGCUUGUCUCAAAGUCUUUAAUCCCCGACCCUUCAAAGUUGCAUAUCCGUGGUCUUAAAAACACAGACGUCAUGCAAGACUGCGGCAUAGAUGUGCCUGAGCUCGUUAGCUUCCUGUCACAGGGCACCACAUUACGUGCCGGCACCGUCAUCAUCACAGGUACUCCAGCCGGAGUUGGCGAAGGAAAAUCCCCCAAGGUCACGCUUAAGAAGGGAGACACUUUCUCGGUGGAAAUUCUCCCGCACAUCGGUACCUUGAUAAAUCAAUUUGAGAACGAGGCAUAA